AUAUUAUCUGUUCUUCUGUGUGCUUACUUUCAUAUGUGGUCUGUGAGACACCAAAGCCAGCAGCUCACUCCUCCUCUGUCAAUCCAAAACUAGCAUGAAGAAGCUCUGUAACUUGUCGGCGGUGUUUCUUAGGACUUUGGUCUGCCUCCUCCUCUUCCACCUAAAGCUUCCAGCCUCUAGCAGUGGAAAUGAUAGCUUCACCUUCAACGGAUUCGGAUGCCUCAAUCUUACCUUCGAUGGGGUGGCCAACGUCACCUCCGAUGGUCUGCUGAUGCUCACCAACAUGUCAACGCACACGAAGGGCCACGCCUUCUACCCAACCCCGCUUCGUUUCCGGAACCUGACGAACGGUACAAUCUUCUCCUUCUCCACCACUUUUGUCUUCGGCUUCAUCUCAGCAUACACCAACCGUAGCGGGAGCGGGAUGGCUUUCUUCGUUUCUCCCACCGAGGACUUCUCUGCAGCCUUUGGUAGUCAGUACUUGGGCCUCUUCAACCAAAGCAGCGUCGGUAACUCGAACAAUCAUGUCCUCGCGAUUGAGAUCGACACGAUCUAUAACCCCGAGUUUCUGGAUAUUGAUGACAACCAUGUCGGGAUCGAUAUCAACAGCCUGAUAUCCAACGCAUCCCACGCUGCUGGUUAUUACUCUAACGACACUGGAUUGUUCAGAUAUCUAAGCCUUAGAAGUGAACAAGCUAUGCAAGUUUGGAUAGACUAUGACGGACAUGAGAUGCAGCUAAACGUGACCAUGGCUCCAAUCCGAAUGGCCAAGCCGCAUAAACCUCUGUUGUCUGCCACCAUUGAUCUCUCAAGCGUAUUGUUGUCAGAUCCCAUGUAUGUUGGAUUCUCCUCCUCCACUGGUUCUUUCAAAACAUCUCAUUGUGUUCUUGGUUGGAGCUUUAGGAUGAAUGGGGUAGCUGAACCUCUCGACUACUCCUUGCUGCCAUCGCUUCCUCUGGCAAAGUUAAAUGGCAAGUCAAAGGUUUUGGACGUCGUGCUGCCCUUGGCGUCGGCGGGACUUGCUGUGAUCAUCGCAGGGAUCAUCGUGUUUAUGGUGAGGUGGGGGAUCAAGUAUGCAGAAGUGCUCGAGGAUUGGGAGCUUGAGUAUGGGCCUCAUCGGUUCUCCUACAGAGAUCUGUUCAUCGCUACCAAGGGUUUUAAAGAUAAGGAGCUGCUCGGAAUAGGCGGAUUCGGAAAGGUCUACAAGGGGGUGCUACAGACUUCUAAAUCAGAGAUUGCGGUGAAGAGAGUGUCUCAUGAAUCAAGACAGGGCAUGAGGGAGUUCGUAGCAGAGAUCGUCAGCCUCGGUCGCCUCCGCCACCGCAACCUUGUUCAGUUGUUGGGCUAUUGCCGGCGCAAAGUGGAGCUGCUGUUGGUGUAUGAUUACAUGCCCAAUGGGAGCCUCGAUAAUUUCUUGUAUGACAAAGAGAAGCCUACUCUGGAUUGGGCAACGCGGUUUGGUAUCGUCAAAGGCGUGGCAUCAGGCCUUCUGUAUUUACAUGAGGACUGGGAGCAAGUCGUAGUUCACAGAGAUAUCAAGGCGAGCAAUGUGCUGCUCGACCAUGAAAUGAACGGAAGAUUGGGUGACUUUGGCCUGGCAAGGUUAUAUGAUCAUGGAACCGAUCCACACACCACCCACAUCGUCGGAACCAUGGGUUAUCUUGCUCCCGAGCUUGUUCGAACAGGCAAGGCGACCACCAUCACCGACGUCUUUGCGUUCGGGGUCUUCCUCUUGGAGGUUGCUUGCGGGAGGCGACCGGUGGACUCGGUCGCGUCCGGGGAGGAGCAGAUUUUGUUGGAUUGGGUGGUGGAGAAUUGGCGGAAGGGAUCGAUUCUUGCGACGAGAGAUCCGAGGCUGGGAGAUGAGUACGUGGUGGAGGAGGUGGAGUUGGUUUUGAAGCUUGGGUUGCUGUGCUCGCAUCCGCUGCCGGCAGGCAGGCCGAGCAUGCGGCGAGUGGUGGAGUUCUUGGAGGGCGAAGCAGCACUUCCGGAACUGUCGCCGACGUACCUAAGCUUCAACGUUCUUGCGAUGCUUCACAAUGAAGGCUUCGAUGAUGACAUCAUGUCGUAUUUGGUCUGCCUACUCCUCCUCCUCCUCCAUCGGAGAUUGAGUCUUGCAGCCUCUUCCAGUGGACGUGAUGAUGGUGAUGAUUUCAUCUUCAAUGGAUUUGGAGGAGCUAAUCUUACUCUCGACGGGGUCGCAUCGAUCACUUCCAAUGGUCUUCUGAUGAUCACCGACGAGACAUUGGACACGAAGGGCCACGCCUUCCACGCAUCCCCACUUCGCUUCAGAGACCUGUCUAAUGGUACAGUCGUCUCCUUCUCCACCACUUUUGCUUUCGGAUUCAUCUCAGACUACACAGAUCUCAGUGGCAAUGGCAUGGCCUUCGUGAUUUCACACACCAAGGAUUUCUCCAAAGCCUUAGGAAGUCAGUUCUUAGGCCUCUUCAACCAGAGCAGCAAUGCUUAUAACUCGAGCAAUCAUGUCUUUGCGAUUGAGCUUGACACAAUCCUUAGUCCUCAAUUCCAAGACAUCGAUGACAAUCAUGUCGGGAUCGAUGUCAACAGCUUGAUAUCUAACAAGUCCCACACCGCUGGUUACUAUGAUGACUACACUGGUUCGUUCGAAAGAUUAAGCCUUGGAAGUGGCCAAGCCAUGCAAGUUUGGAUAGACUACCAUGCUCCAGAUAUGCUACUUAAUGUUACCUUAUCUCCAAUCCCGAUGGCUAAACCCCAUAGACCUCUCUUAUCUGCGGUCAUCAAUCUUUCAAGCGUGUUAUUGGAUCUCAUGUAUGUUGGAUUCUCCUCCUCCACUGGUUCUUUCCUAACAUCUCACUACGUCCUUGGUUGGAGCUUUAAAAUGAAUGGCGUAGCCCAAGCGCUCGACCCUUCCCUGCUGCCUUCUCUUCCUCGUGCGAAAUCAAAUCACAAGUUUAAGGUUUUGCGCAUCGGGCUGCCAUUGGCGUCAGCUACGCUUGUUUUAACCAUCGUAGGGAUUGCCGUGUUCAUCCUGAGACGGAGGACCAAGUAUUCAGAGCUCCUGGAAGACUGGGAGCUUGAGUACGGGCCUCAUCGGUUCUCCUACAAGGAUUUGUUCAAGGCUUCCCAGGGUUUUAGGGACACAGAGCUUCUCGGAAGGGGCGGGUUCGGGAGAGUGUACAAGGGUGUGCUACCGUCUUCUAGAUCGGAGGUUGCAAUUAAAAGAGUGUCCCAUGGAUCAAGACAGGGUAUGAGAGAGUUCAUUGCAGAGAUCGUCAGCCUCGGUCGCCUCCGCCACCGAAACCUCGUCCAAUUGCUGGGCUACUGCCGACGCCAAGGAGAGCUUCUGUUGGUGUAUGAUUAUAUGCCCAAUGGCAGCCUCGAAAAGUUCCUACAUGAUCAAGCUAAGCCUACUCUGGAUUGGGCGACCCGAUUUCGGAUCAUCAAAGGCGUGGCUUCAGGUCUAUUAUAUCUUCACGAAGACUGGGAGCAAGUCGUCAUCCACAGAGACAUUAAGGCGAGUAAUGUGUUGCUCGAUAAUGAAUUGAAUGGAAGGUUGGGCGACUUUGGCCUAGCAAGGUUGUACGAUCAUGGAACGGAUCCACAGACCACUCAUGUCGUGGGAACCAUGGGUUAUCUUGCUCCCGAGCUCGCUCGAACCGGCAAGGCGACCACCAUCACCGACGUGUUUGCGUUCGGGACAUUCCUUCUGGAGGUUGCUUGCGGCAGGAGGCCGGUGGACCCGACGGCGCACGAGGAGCAGCUGAUUCUACUGGAUUGGGUGGUGGAGAAAUGGCGGAAGGGAUCGAUACUGGAGACGAGGGAUCCAAGGCUGGGGGAAGAGUACGCGGUGGAGGAGGUGGAGCUGGUUCUGAAGCUUGGACUGCUGUGCUCGCAUCCUCUGCCCACAGCGCGGCCCAGCAUGCGCCAAGUCGUGCGGUACUUGGAAGGCCAUGCGCCACUCCCGGAGCUGUCGCCCGCGUACCACAACUUCAGCCUUCUCGCGCUGCUUCACAAGGAAGGUUUCGAUGACCAUAUCAUGUCGUGUCCUUCCUCCUCGGUGGCUACUGCAUCUGUGCUUUCUGGAGGUCGAUGACCGAGUGUCCAUGAACAGAUUGGAAUGGAUGCAAAGAUGGUUUCAAGAUUGUAAUUGAUGUAAUGAUAUUGGAAUCGUAAGCACAUGAUGUGUAAAUGCAAUAUCAAUAGUCGGUUUGGGCCCAUUUGGACCACCGUCAACCUAUAAAG